AUGGUGUUUUAUUCAGCUCCAUCACAGCAACCAUCACAAGGGUUUCAACAACAUAUUCUACAACCGACUAAACGGUUCAAUAUCAAUGACUCGCCAACAAAGUUGAAAGAGAAUAGAACAUGGCAGAAAGACGAGGAUUUGUACUCGCCAACAAAGUUGAAAGAGAAUAGAACAUGGCAGAAAGAUGAGGAUUUGUACUCGCCAACAAAGUUGAAAGAGAACAGAAGAUGGCAGAAAGACGAGGAUUUGCACUCGCCAACAAAGUUGAAAGAGAAUAGAAGAUGGAAGAAAGACGAGGAUUUGGACUUAUUAGCGAGGGAGUUGAAUGUUUCUCCUUCAAAUAGUUAUAAAACCACGACAAAUAAUCGAAUACAACCAUUACAAACUGCAUUUGGUUCACCAUCGGCUACAAUCUCGUCUUUCAAGCUGAGCUCUAGAUCUUUGGUUGAAGGUGUCGCCGCAACAACAGCACAAGCCGGUUCUUCCCAAGGAGGAGGAGGAGAGGAGGAGGAAGAGACUCCAAGUUGGGCUAAAACCAACUACCGAGAUUUUUUGAACAAGUCACCCAGCAGAUCUCCAACAAAACUGAGCCAAACAAAGAACAUUUCUUCAAUUUCUCCCAUUAAAGAUCAAAAAUGUAUUUACUCUCCGGGGUACGAGUAUCUAUGUAGAAUCGAAGCUAUCAAAGUUUGGAUGCAAGCAGUGUUGAAUGAGGAAAUUUGUCAGUCGGCAGCAACCCUAAUUUCAUACAUCAGAAACGGCAUCCAUCUUGCAAAGUUGGCCAAUGCCAUUUUGCCAACUCAAAGAAGUGUGUUUAUGAAUGAUGACAGAUUACAGUUUAAACACACUGAGAACAUAAAUCGGUUUUUCCAUUUGUUGGAUUUCUUGAACAUGCCGGACUUGUUUCGAUUCGAAUUAACAGACUUGUACGAUGCAAAAAAUGUUCCAAAAGUAUGGUUUUGUCUACACGUCUUGAGCUAUAUCUUACACAAGAGUGAUUCGAGAUAUCCGAAAAUGGGCGAUUUGGUGAAUAAAAUUUCAUUUGACAAAAACGACAUUCAAAUAGCUAAUAGAGCAUUGACUAGUGCUCCUCUUCCAAAUUUCUCAAGCGUCGAUACUGGGAACGAUGGUGAAGAUAAGUACAUGGAAAAAGUGGCAUCUCCAAUUAAAAUUAGUCCAAAUAAGAAAAUACCCAUGGAGAAUCCUGCUCAGAAACAACAACAACAACAGCAACAACAACGACAACAGCAGCAGCAGCAGCAAUUGCCGCUGCUGCUGCUGCUGUUGCUGUUUCUGCUGCAGUUACCAUAUCAAAAGGAAAAUGAGAAAAGGGUUUCCAUCUCGAAUGUUGCACUAAAAAGACUCGAGGACAAAGAUGAUCGUCAAACUCCAUUUAUCAAUCAACUGGAAAUCAUAAAGAAUUGUCACCAUAUAGUCAAAUUGCAGUCGCUUGCUAGAGGCGCCAAUUUCCGCUACUCAAUGUUUGUUAAGAAAAUUCUAUUGAAAUCUUACUAUGAAGAAUUGACUAUUUUAAAUUCUAUAAUUCGAGGAAACUUGCUGAGACUACGAUCUGUGCAUAAGAACAAAGCGAAACUCAAAUGUCACGAACUGGAGAUCAUUGCACUACAAUCAUUAGUAAGAAAGAAUCUAUUCUCCAAAAAGAAACAAAAUGUGGAAUUUGACGGACUCUGUUAUUUUCAAAGCAUAAUAAGAAGGCGUUUGCAAGUGAACAAAAUUUCGCAGAUGAAGAAGGAACUAGCUCUGUCGAAUAUAGUAACACUCCAAUCUAUCGCUAGGAAGAAAAUUGUUGACAAUAAAACACAUGGCAUUAUCUCACAUAUGACGGAGAUAGUACCUCCAAUUAUACAACUACAAGCAAUAGCUCGCAGAAAAUUAUACACGAAGCACUCAACUGUUCAAUUUGACGACGUUAGUGGCAUAGUUGAAUUGCAAUCCAUAGUAAGGCGUAACUUUGUGAUUAGUGAAAUCAAUUCAAAACACGCAAUUAUUCGUUCCUAUAAAUGGAAAAUCAAUGAGCUUCAAAAUAUUGCUAGAGGAGGUAUUUCAAGAUCUAGAUUAUGCAACAAUGUUUUAGUCACUUUGUUGCAUGAGGAUAGCAUCUUGAGCGACUUUUAUGCAGUUUUCAGGGGGAAAAGCCUAAGGAGGAGAGUCGGUUUACUAAAGAGACAAUUGAGACAUUGUGAAUAUAGUUCUGUUCUUCCGGUGCAAACAUUGUUCAGAGGAGUUCUAAGUAGAUUUAGAAGGGAAAUAUUGUUGGAUGAUGCCUAUCUGCACGUAGAGGCGUUGAUCAAACUUCAAUCUAAGAUAAGGAUGAAUAAAGUUAAGCAAGAGUUUCUUAAUUGUAAGGAAUAUUACCGCAAGCAUGUCAAAGAAGUGAUCAAAGCACAGGCUAUCAUAAGAAGAGUAAUUGUGCAAACGGCAUAUAAGGGAUUUAUUUCAAGUAAUCGUCCUUCGCUAUCGGUGGUUAGAAAAUUUGCAUACUUGUUGGCUGAUAGCGAAAGAGAUUUCCAAGAAGAGAUGAAGUUGAACCAAACUAGGGAUAUUGUUAUUGAAAAAUGUAAACUCUAUGAAGAGUUGGAAAGUCAGAUUGAAUCCAUUGAUUUGAAGCUUAGUCUUCUUGAUAAAAACAAAAUCACAAUUGAUGAAUUUUCCAAACUGCGUGGCAUAGUGAAGAAGAAUCCGAUAGCUCUUGAAAACGUCAAGAAUUUGAAAAAGUUGAACAAGUCUUCAAGGGCUAGAGUUGAACUUUAUCUGAAACUACUUUAUCUUUUGCAAAUCAAAGCAGACUAUUGGAAAAGACUUUUUGAGACACUUGAGCUUUCUACGAAAAAUACACAGCAUUAUAAAGACUUGUUUAAUUGCAUUGUCCAGUUGUUUCCCACAAGUAACUCUUCAAUCAAUCAGCAUUCAAGAGAGGAAUAUUUUUUCAUGAAGUUGAUAUUGACACUAAUGAAGAACGACGUUGACCAUGCUAGAAAUCCAAGUGACAUUACCAAAUCGCAAUAUACGUUUUGGACAGACUACUUGUCUCAUUUCAAUAAUCAUACAUAUCAGAGACAACAUUUAAAAAUGCUCUUAGGUGGAGUGGUUAUCCGACUUUUGAAUGACGAAGAAUUGGAUUUCGAGAGUGAUCCAGCAAUCAUUUAUGCAGCACUUAUUGAUAGAGAUAUCAAAGUUGACGGGUUCUCUACUAGGAAGAAGAACUUGACCCCUCAAGAGGCUAUUACAGUACCAGAGGUUUCAACAACAUUUGUCAAAAACUUGAUGUCUUUACGGGAAUUUUGCAAUGAACUUGUUGCUGCUGUGGAGAAGAAUACAGCUAGAGUUCCUCAACAUAUAAAGAUUAUAUGCAAAGAAGCGUACAUCUUGUCCAAAAAUAAGUUUGUGGGGAAAUCUGAACAACAGCACUUGGCUGUUGCUGGAGUGACCUUCUUUAAACAUUAUAUUGGUGCAAUUAUAAACAUUCCUGAAAACUAUGGAAUUGUUAUUAAGAAAAACUCAAAGGGCAAAAAUAACAUACGUCACUUGCAUCGGGUUUUACUUCAAUUGUUUAGUAUGAAUCCGUUUAGUGAUAGCUUUUUAAAGCCAUUGAAUGAUUAUAUAUUUGCAAUGACGAGCUCCAUUACGGCCAUAGUAAAUCAAGUGAUCACAGUGGAAAGUCUUGAACGUGUUUACGAUUUGAAUGAAUACGACGAUAUUAUUAGCACAGAAAAGCCCAAGCUAACGAUGAAGACAAACUCGAUGAUCUUUUUGGAAAAAUUGGUGGAUUCAAAGAUUGAUAUCAUGGCUCCAGGUAGUGACGAUCAACUUGCAGCUGUAGCCUCUGAUUUGGGAAACUUGGUAACUUCAUCCGAUGAUUUUGUGGCAUUGACUGAUUUGGGUAUGUUAUCCAUCAACUUGAACCCUCACAAUGUUGAAGAGUCGGUGAUGGAUACAAAAGUGAAAACUUUAUUCACUGAAGCUAAAAGGUGUCUAUUAUAUAUUAUUCGAAUUCAAGAUGGUGAAGAUUUACUAGAGCUUUUAAUUUCUGGAAUCAAACCAGAAGAUGAAACAAAAUACAAGGAGCUUAUCAUUUCAGAGAAGGACAUAACCUCCGAUAGGAGUCGUGCUUACCACAAAGCUGCACUUGGUAAUUUAGAAGAAAUAACCUUUCAUGAGUUGAAGAGGAAAUGUCUAGAAAAUAUUUUGAAAUUAGAAACGAUGGGUGAAGUAACUAGGAAAAACUCGUUUCAAGAGCUAUUAAAUCAAAUUUCAGUCGAUAUACGGAAAAAGGGUAUACAAAGACUCAAAAGAGCCGAGCAGUUAAGUAUCCUUGAGGAUACAGUGAAAAAAAUGAACAAUAAAGAGGCUUUUCUCCGUCAAGAAUUGAAAGAUUACAAGUAUCACGUUGAAAAUGUGCUUGCAAAUUUGCAAGUUAAGCCCAAAAGCAGAAAAUUAUUCAAUAUUGUGCCAGUGUUCAGUAAACAAUACUUUUACCACAGAGAAUUGAGAAGACGCAACCGUUUACCAGAGUUUGGUUCAUACAUUGUCUCUUCUAAGAAAUUGAUGGAUCAGAGAAUCUUAUUGUCCAAUGAUUUAGACGCCGCUCGUGGUUCUAAGUUAGACUUUAUGUUCAGCUGUCAUCAAGUCGGCAAAUUUACAAUUGAAGCUGCUAGAGGACUGGUCGUAGUAACCGGCACAAGCAGUACAAUCACUCUAGACGACUUGUUAAGACUUCAGUAUGAGAAUAAGCCAAAACUCAUAUUAUGCAAAGGAAAGCUCGUUUUUGACUCUCAGAAUAUCAUUGCAUUCAUAUUCAAGACAUUUUACGAUAUCAAGAAAGAUUAA